AUGGAUUCCAGUACUGAAUCUAAUCCCCCUAACACCAAAGAACCCCUUAUUGAAAGCGCGUCGCCACAGAAAAUACAAACCAACAUUCACGAAGAUGUUGAAGCGACAGAAUCAGCAACUAGAAACUUGAGUGUCUUUGAUGAUUUUUUUGAGCAUGAAAGUGCGAAUACGAGUCCAUCAAAGGAAAAGCAUGCUAAAAAGGCAAUUGUAUUAAACCAGCAAAACGAAGUCUUCCAAACCCCUGGAAGGUCCGAAGAUGGAGAUCCAUGCAAAAAAAGCCCACAACUUCAUCCAAUUCAAUCGCCAUGCAAAUCCCCAAUUUCAAGAGUUCCACUACCUAGAGUAGUUUCUGGAUCACUUAACAUAAUGAAGAAACGAAGGCUUGAGCCAACAUCACCAUCAUUCACUCAAGAUCCUAACUCACCCCCACACAACGUACGAAUCACACCAUCAAAAAAUCGGUCAUUUUCUUCUCCAAUAUAUCCUGGAUCAGCUAUGCGCACACCUUCUUUACAAGAUAAGCCAAUACCUGUUCUUUCUCCUCCUUCUCCUACAAGCUCAGCCCGAUCGACAUCAUCGGCCUAUAUAUCACCAUACUCAUUAUUUAAAACCCCAAAAUCCGAAAAGAGUGGUCAUGAUAAUCUUCAACCUUUACCUGGAUCUGCAUCUUCCAGUUCUUCUGAUGAAUCUCAUCCUCCCUCACCCUCCAUAUCUCCUGCCGUCGAUUUGCCAAACGAAUGCGUAUACCCUCUACCACCCCGAGCAGAUGAAAACAAGGUUGUAAAAUCUAGUGUCACUUCCACAGAGCUAAAAUCUAUAUUAACGCCACAAAACCAAUUAAAAUCAUUUCAUCGAUUAUCCCCCUUGGCUGCAAAAUCAAAAGAUCCCAAAAUUGCUGAAUUAUCAAAAAUUGAUUUAGAACUUGAUAGAGAACUUAUGAAGUGGAGAAAGCUUACCGAUACAGCCCGUCAAGCUCAAAAAUACACAAUUGCAAACGAAGAUGAAAAGCUCAAAGACCUUGCAGAAAAGUGGCUUGAUGUUGCUCAAAAGGGUGCUUUUUUCUUGUUUAGUGCAGCCAGGGAACGAAUAGAUCGAAUGGGUGGGAUGGAAGAGUAUAUCAGAAGGAAAAAAGAAGAUGAAGAAUCUAGAAAGCGGUCUGGGUUUGACGGUAACAGUUUUGAUAUAGAUGAGUUAUCCCCUGAAGAAAGAGAACGGUACGAAAUUUUAAAAGCUGAAUAUGAGGAUGAAAUGCGGCGAAAUAAAAAAAUGACAAACGAAGACGAAGAAGAUGAAAAGGAAUUUACAAUGAAAUAUAUGCUUAAAAGUCUUAACCUUGACUACAACAUGAUUUUCCCUGAGGGGUAUGACACAGAUUUGGAGUUAUAA